AUGCCUGUCCGAAGCAUCAACCCGUUCGCAUCCACCGCCCCUGCUCCCCCCCUCGAUCCCUCCGCCGAGAAGCGCGAGCCAGCGCGUCGACAAUCCUUCGCAAAGGGCAACAAGUUCACAUCCCUCUUCGGUGGCUCCCCCAAGUCCCGGACCGACGCCGCUCUCCUGCGUGAGGCAUUCGUUGCCCAGCAACAGGCCCUGCUCAACAACCCCUCACCGUCGCAAAUCUCCCUCCCGACCAUCAACCUGACCACCGCGACCGGCGAGAAGAUGCCCACGGAGCCAAAGACCCUCUUCCAGCCGCCUUCGCCAGAGGAGCAGCGCCGCCUCGCACGAGCACACGCCCAAUUCGGUCCCCUUGGCUCCCAGAAGCACCGCUACCUCAGCAAGUUCGAGGGCGAGUUCGGCGACCCCAUUGAGGACGAGCCGCCAUAUUAUUUCCUUUUCACCACAUACAUCAGCUACUUAAUCCUAAUAGUAUUCGGACAUGUUCGCGACUUCUUCGGCAAGCGCUUCAGGAAGCAACACUACAGCCAUCUGCAGGAGAAGGACGGAUAUGCACCCCUCAACAGCGACUUCGACAACUUCUACACGAGACGGUUGAAGAUGCGCAUCAACGACUGCUUCUCGCGACCGACAACCGGCGUUCCUGGACGCUUCAUCACCGUGCUUGACCGCAAGUCAGACGACGGCAACAACACCUUCAAGAUGCUCGGUACCACCACGGAAACCCUCAACAUGAGCUCCUACAACUACCUCGGAUUUGCUCAAUCAGAAGGUCCCUGCGCAGACGCCGCCGAAGCUACCAUCAGGAAAUACGGAAUCUCAAUGGCCAGUCCCCGAUCAGACAGCGGUACUUCAGACCUCACUGUCGAGGUUGAGGACCUCAUCGCCAAGUUCGUCGGCAAGCCAGCUUCAAUGGUCUUCUCUAUGGGUUUCGUUACGAACGCUACCACAUUCCCCACCAUUGUUGGAAAGGGCUGCCUCAUGAUCUCCGACGAACUCAACCACUCUUCCAUCCGAUUCGGCGCUCGUCUCUCCGGUGCCAUGGUUACAAUGUUCAAGCACAACGACAUGCGCGACCUCGAGCGCAAGCUCCGUGAAGCCAUCUCGCAAGGUCAGCCCCGCACCCACCGCCCCUGGAAGAAGAUCUUGGUCGCCGUCGAGGGUCUCUACUCCAUGGAGGGCACCAUGUGCAACCUUCCCGGUAUCAUCAGCCUGAAGCACAAGUACAAGUUCAACCUCUUCGUCGACGAAGCCCACUCUGUCGGUGGUGUCGGCCCUCGCGGACGUGGUGUAUGCGACUACUUUGGCAUCGACCCCUCGGAAGUUGACAUCCUCAUGGGUACAUUGACGAAAUCCUUCGGUGCCAACGGUGGUUACAUCGCCGCUGAGAAGCCUAUCAUCGACAAGCUCCGCACCUCCAACGCCGCCAUGCUUUUCGCCGAGUCACCCGCACCACCCGUCCUCAUGCAAAUCUCGUCUGCCCUUCGUAUCAUUGAUGGUUCUAUCGUUCCCGGCCAAGGUGAAGAGCGUCUCCAGCGUCUCUGCUUCAACUCGCGCUACCUCCGUCUCGGUUUGAAGCGCCUCGGCUUCAUCGUCUACGGCCACGACGACUCCCCCAUCAUCCCCGUCAUGCUGUACAACCCCGCCAAGAUGCCCGCCUUCUCCCAUGAGAUGCUCAAGCGCAAGAUCUCCGUCGUCGUCGUCGGUUACCCAGCCACCCCUCUCGUCUCAUCACGCGCCCGCUUCUGCGUCAGCGCCGCGCACACCAAGGAUGAUCUCGACCGUAUGCUCACGGCUUGCGACCAGGUUGGCGAGCUCCUCCAACUCAAGUUCAGCAGUGGUGUUGCCGGAGGUGCGGAACCCGAGGACCUUCUCGAGAUGAGCAAGGCCGCGGACGAUAACAAGGAGACGAUGCCCAAGCCCCCCAGGUGGAGGAUCGAGGAUGUGCUCAAGAGGACUGUUGAUGAUGUACAAGGGACGCUGCGGUAA